AUGUACCUUACUUUUUUUUUUCUUCCUUUCAGACACAAAAGAAAAGUCCAAAAUUUCUUGCCGUGCAAGAGUCACCACCAAGGCCGAUGCGACAUGGGGGGUGCAUCUGGAAUCACCUACGACGACGUCUUGAUCAAUCAUCAUCCAACUCGCCUGCCAAACCACCUCAACCCUAGUCUUAACCCGGACACUAACACCCUCACCCCCAUAGAAUUACUUGAUGUCAAGUACGGAAACUAUGUCCAGUCACAGACAGAUUCCUUAAAUAGAGCUAACUUCGCCCUUCAAAACGCUGCCAGUAACAACUGUACCAACAACACUCAGCCAUCUGCACCAGUUGAGCGUCCUCGUCAGCACCACCAACAGCACCAUCACCGAAGGCACCAAGGCAAAGGAGGAAAGAAAGACCAACGCCAGUUUCAUCCGAUCUAUGAAGAAGUCAGUGGCGUUUCAGAUGGUGACAUGAAAGGCGGUAGAAGUUAUGAUUCAGACAUAGAGGACAGUGAAGCGGAAGGAAGAACAGUAGUCAGUGAGGAUGAAUUCGCAGAAGACGAGCUUAGCGUUGCAGGGGAGUUUCCUUUGAAUCCCGAUAUGGACCAGAGUCAACCUUGUUCAGCUACCAGCAGCUUGCAGGGUUCAACUGGUGGGGAUCUCUAUCCUGACGUUGUAACUGGGUCUAGUGAGAGGUUUUGUAGUGACGGUAGUCCAGCAGAAACCAGAUUAGGCAAUAAAACAAAUUUUAGAGGAAUGGACAUAAGCCAAAAUAAUAAGUUGACUCAUUCUCUAGAACGAAACAAAGAUGGACAUCCCAGCAACAGCUUUCAAGCGAAGCAGAACUAUUAUUUAAAUAAAAGUAUGCUGGGACCAGACUUUACGUAUCCAGAAGGUGUAACGGCAGAUGGAAGUUCCUGUGUUUCUCCUUCAGGAGAUAUGAGUCAGAUAACUGAUAUGAAUCAGUAUCCCGUAUCUAGAGUCAUGGGAGCUUCCCUAAAUUUUAUUCCAAUUCUUCUGCAACAACAGCAGCAGCAACAGAGGCCUGGAUCUUCGUCACGCUCAGCAUCAAGUUCCCCUCCACCUCCGCCCUACCCUAAUAAUAGUAGAACUAUUCAAGGAUCUAGCCAAGGAGGCAUAUCAGCUGUUUACAAUCCACAAAUUGUAUCUCCAAGUGGUCAGUCGUUGGUAGGGCGAAUCCCGGAUGCUCUUCUCCGAGAACUGACAUUUAAAUUACCACAUCCUAUGGCAGAAGGGGGAGCCAGUACCCUGCCUGGUGUGGCAGCUAUGAGUUCUAGAUCACUCCCUGUGCCACCAUCUUGCAGGUCAGGUGGGGGAGGUGUACUUUUUACUUUGGAAAGCCCUGCGUACCCCACCCAUACGCAACCGACCCUUCCAUCCAUAUCGCGAACACGUUCUGGAUCCGCCACCGAAUUUACGUCCGGAAGUAGAUUGGGUGGAAGUAAUAUGGGAUACUCCCACCAAUAUCCUCACCAUGCACUUGGAGGAGGGAGACCACCUACUCCACCACCACCUGAAAACAUUUAUGCUUCCAUUGAUGACGUGGGACCGUUCACCAUUGAUGGAAGCCGGCACAGAAACAGUCCAUACAUACAAGGUGGACGCAAAAGCUCUGCCACAGAUUUAAGGAAUACGUUUGGACGCUCUUCAAACGGAAGGGUUUCAGCUAAAUCUUCGGCAGAUAAGUUCCAGGCAAGUAAUGCACCCCGUCCGAACGAUGAAGGGGGCGGUGCGUAUGGUGAUAUUAGGCCUAUAUAUGAUUCAAGGACCGCUUGUUCGUGA